UGUGCCCUUCCGGCCCGAACAUUUCCCAAAGUGCCUCGCGACCUCCGCUGUCUUUCCGGUCUUCACCAUCGCUCCCACCCCCUUCGCGUGUCUCGGUCAUGGCCUCGCUGUUGCUACCCCUGCUGCUGCGCCCCACGGCCCGCGCCCUGCGCCCCGCCGUGACUACCGCCACCCGCGCCUUCGGAGGCCUUCUGGGCGGAGGACUCCACGGCCAGCCGGGGCCCGUGCGUCCCAGCCUCCUGCAGCCGCUGCGCCGCGCGCCCGGCCUGUGCUCGUGCACGUGCGGCGGGCUGCACACCGAAGGGGACAAAGCCUUUGCUGAAUUUCUGACGGAUGAGAUCAAAGAGGAGAGGAAGAUCCAGAAGCAUAAAUCCCUCCCCAAGAUGUCGGGGGAUUGGGAACUGGCUGUGCAAGGCACGGAAGCCAAGCUGACCCGGAAAUUAGCUGGCGAGAAGAUCACAGUCACCUUCAACAUUAACAACAGCAUUCCACCCACAUUUGAUGAUGAGCCAUCAUCAGAGGGGCAGAAAGGCCAAGAAGAGCAAGAGCCUGAACUAACGUCAACGCCGAACUUUGUGGUGGAAGUCAUUAAGAACGAUACCCAGAAGGCUCUCGUGUUGGACUGCCAUUAUCCUGAGGAUGAGGUCGGACAGGAAGAGGAGGAGGAGAGUGACAUUUUCUCCAUCCGGGAAGUUAGCUUUCAGCCUACCAGCGAAUCGGACUGGAAGGACACAAACUACACACUGAACACAGACUCCCUGGACUGGGCCCUGUAUGACCACUUGAUGGACUUCCUGGCUGACAGAGGGGUGGACAAUACAUUUGCGGAUGAACUGAUCGAGCUCAGCACGGCUUUAGAACACCAGGAAUACAUCAACUUCCUGGAAGAUCUGAAAGGGUUUGUCAAGUGUCAGUAGGGAGACCCUACUGCAGACCCAAAGAGAACACUUACCCAGAAGCUAUCAUGGAAAAAGUUUGGUAAAAUACUGUCAGACAUAAAUUAUGUUUCCUAACCACUUUUAUUUGCUUGCUCUGCUGGCAUUUUUGUACAUCCCCACAAAAAUGAGAAAUAAAACGCUUGUAAACCUG